CGUUGUUUACCCAGUGUUUACGGUUAGUGAUGGCGUUUUUUCGUUUGUUGCUUAUGGGACAGCGAGUAUCCCCUAAAAAGAAAGCGGAGGGAGGAGGUGAGUGGACACCCAUCGACCACACGGCGGAGCUCCAUCCUCGUCCUCCUGACGGUGAGGGAAGCGGGAAAGAAAGAAAGGGAGAGAAAAGCAAGAAGAAGAGGCAGAAACAGAGGUGGUUUCGGAAGUUUGCCUCUUUGUUCUCUUGUUUUUCCCGCCCGAAAUCCACCAAAGCUCUGGAUGAGCGGGUGGAGCAGGGUGAGGUGGACCAGGACACUGAUGCGGUCCCAUCCAGGAGGUGCACUGAUGAUCGGACAUCUCUACGGGACGUCAUCUGUACUGUAGAGGACAAUGGUCAUCAGGAGCUUCCUCCCAGUGUUGCUGAUGUCCCACCCACUGCCGAGGACCAGCUUCAAGAUCAGGACGGUCCAGUCAGACCGUCAGCAGGUGUGAGCGCCUCACAUCUGCUGAGACAGCUGGACUGCGAUAAGAUAACGAGAAUCGAGGACCUCAUUUGCUGGAAAUAUUCCAUCGGCAAGAAGUUGGGGGAAGGAGGAUGCGGCUCCGUCUUUGAAGGGACCCGCUGUGAAGAUGGCCUUCAGGUAGCUGUGAAGUUCACAGUGAAGACGGAGAACGAGCCGUACAUAAGCCUUCCUGACCAUCCCAGACCAGUUCCUCUUGAGGUGGCCCUAACAGUCAUGGCCAAUCAAGGCCCCAGCUGUCCCCACAUCAUAAAGCUACUGGACUGGCAGGACCAUCCCGACCAGUACAUCAUGUUCCUAGAGCGGCCCUCACCCUGCAUGGACAUGCACCAUUUUUGGCUGCAUUACGACGCCCACUUCAGUGAGGAGAUGGCACGUCAUUUCAUGCGGCAGGUGAUCGACGCUGCUGCUGUUUGCUGUUCCCGGAGGGUCUUCCAUCGGGACAUCAAAAUGCCAAACCUCCUGGUCAACAUAGAGACCCUGGAGGUCAAACUGAUCGAUUUUGGCUGCGGAGACCUCCUGAAAAACACAUCCUACAACACCUAUUGUGGGACAGCAAGGUACUGCCCUCCGGAGUACAUUGAGAAGGGCGAGUACCACGGGAAGCAGGCAACGGUGUGGUCGCUGGGGGUGCUGCUGUUUCAGAUGAUCACCAGCCUUUUCCCAGACAGCAGCAAUAUUGGUUUGAUGGACGCUGAUGCCUGGUUACAGCCAGGCUUCUCUGAUGAAUGCUGCCGUUUUAUUCGAGGUUGCCUAAAGAGUGACCCAGAGCAGAGGUUUCACCUGGAGGAGAUGCUCUUUCAUGACUGGUUUAAGGUCACUCCAGAAAUAACCAUAAAGGUUUCUGUUACUGCUGUUCCAAGAGGUCCUUCACACUGCUGCUCAAAAGUUUCCUGCCAGGGGCAACUGGGUCCCAAAGAUCUUGUCAGUGCUGCUCCAGAAGUCACUGUGUAUAAUUGCCGACUAAAGUUUCCUGACGCUGCUGCUCCAGAAUGGCUGAGAUCAGAGUCACAGGCACCACAGAGGUUACGCGACAGGGUACCUUUUCAGAGAUACCCUGGUCCCAGAGCUUCUUGUCUUGGCCUUGAAGGAUCUGAUGCUGCAACCCCGGAACCCAAUAUGGUUCCACAGCUCUGUGUUGUGGCAGCGGCAGUUAUACAGCUUCCCAGAGAGAUUCAUGCAGCCAGAGAAGUUUCAGCAAGGAACAAGACAAGACAGACAAGGCUGCCCCAGGUUAUCCUGCCUCAGCCUCAGCCAGAGCUGGUGUCGAAUCUGCUCCAGUCCAGUCCCAGAGCUCAUCUCUCAACCGUACUGGUCCCAGAUGUUUCUACUAAAGCCAUUAUGGUCCAAGAGGAAUCUGUCACAGCUGCAUUACAGAAUCCUCUCAUGCCCCCAAUGUUUCCUAUUACUGGUGUGAUUCCUCCAUAA